AUGGGCGCUAUAUCACUUCCGGAAGACUCGUACGCUGACAAGGGCGUUGAUCCAACCUUUGGUGAAGAGGACGUGCGCACGCCUUUGCUGCCAGGAGGUGGUCUACCUUCUCGGUCUCUGGAAGACCAUCGCCGUCGUCAGAUCCGGAUCCGUCGCUUUUGUCACUUCGCGCUCCUCUUUACGCUGCUCGUCUUCGCGGUUCACCUGCUCUCGGAUACGGUCCGGUACCAGACUUCGCGUAUCCUUGGGUUCAAUAUGGAUGAUCACGACUACCCCAUACCGCCUGGCGUAACCCUCGAGGAUUGCCCCGCUUGGAAUAUUGGCGAGAACUCCCACGUGGGCAGGGUCUCCUUCAAGUUCGACCUGCCUGUCGAGGAGCUCUUCGCCCUCGCUCGCGGCCCACGCUCGCAUGGCAAGAUCCACAUCCGGCAAAGCGAUGUGGUCACCGACGAUGUCUUGGUCAACGUCGAGGUGCACACCGACACACCCGCGGGCUUCGACCACGCGAAGGCUUGCCUGGCCAAGCGCGAGGGUAGCGACGAUACGGCUGGUCUGGGGAUUUUUACCGACGAAUGGUGGAACAACCAUCACCAUCGUCACCACCACCGCAUCCACUUCGCCGUCGAGGUCGUCCUGCCCAAGCUCAAGGACGAUGUCCAGCAGGUCAACAAGCUCACCACCGACCUGCCCAUCUUCCAGCACACCAUCGAGGAGCUGGCGGAUACGGUUCUUUUCCAGACGCUCAACCUGCAGACCUUCAACGCGGGGAUCUAUGCCAAGUCCAUCCACGCCGUCCACGGCACCAUCGGCACUUCGAACGCCGGCAUCGAUGGCGUCUUCCGAGCUGACGAGGCCCUGACCCUGCGCACCAGCAACGGACGCGUCGCCGCCACCGCUUCCGCCCCCAUCGUCGACAUCACCACAGCGAAUGGGGCUAUCGAGGGUGAGUACAGCGCAAGCAAGGAUUUGGCGCUCUUCACGCAGAAUGCACAUAUCUAUGCCACGGUGACUCUCGAGAACGACCCUGCGGGCCCGGAGACGAAGGCAAGGGUGCAUACUGCGAAUGGCCAGAUCCGCCUCGCGGUUUCGCUCUCGUCCACCCAGUCCACCGGCGGGUCCUUCGCCCUCGACGCGCACACCCAGAAUGCCGGGCUCACGCUCGAGUUCCUCGAUUCUCCUCUCGAUGCCGCCCUCUCCCUCGACGCCCACACGACCCUCGGCAAGGCCGACGUGCGGCUGCACCCUACGUACGAGGGUGCCUUCGAUGCCUCGACCAGUCUCGCGCGCGUGCAGGUGCGGAAGGGGGAGGAGGAUGAGGGGACGGGGCGAGGUGCCAGGGACUUGGACGUCAGGCAGAACGUUGGGACGCAUGUGGAGGGCGCGGUCGGGUGGAGCGAGGAGGGGAAGGCGCGGGGGAGUGCGAGAGUGUCGUCGAGUAUUGGGGCGGUGGAGCUUUGGGUUUGA